UACUAUAAGCUGUUGAACUUGGUAGCAAAACGAUCAACUGAUUCGGAUGCAUUGACACCAGCACAACUAUGUCUUUACUUGAAAUCCUUUACCCUAAAUGUGUCUAAACUCUCGUCCACUUUUCAACCUCUUAUCAUGGCCAUUCUUUCUAUCCAAUGGCUUGGAAACGAUAAUACCUUUUCACAUAUUUACUGCCAAUUUUUGGAAAAUUUAGUAUCGGCUCAUGCUGUAUACGUUUCUCCUGUGGCUAAAACACUCGUUCAAAGUCUCAAGCUAUAUCCACAACUCUUGCCAUCGCAACUCUUUGAUCGUAUUCAUACGGCUUUGGAACGUAUACUACAUCUUGUUCCCACUGGCCCUUCAUUUCUAUUAUCUAUUCUUACUGUAAACUUUCCUCAUAAAACCCAAGAUAUUGAGAUUCAGAUAUUCUAUGUCAAGAGUCUUUUGCGCAUUACAGAAUAUGCGCCUAUUCUUCGCAACCAGAUUAUUUCUGUGAUUGUUGAAGGUGUUGUGCAAGUAGAUGUAGCAAUUCAGAUUGAGAUUGAGGAACUGAACGAGGAGGAGCUAGAGGCCAUUCAAGAAACUGUGUUUUCCAUGGACGAUCUGGACGUAAACUCAUCAGCUGCUUCAUUUUCUCAAGGGUCGGAAAAUAACUUGUUGAAAAAAGAUGAAAACUAUGUUGAUCCUGCUGGAUAUGAGUCUGACGAAUCCAAUGCUUCUGAUGGGGUUGGCAUUAUUGUUGCUGAUAUCAAAAGCAUGGUUGAGAAACUGGAUGCCAUGCUAAGUCUGCUGUUUCAGUAUGUGACAGAUAUUCAUAUCAAAUCUAUGAAAGAUACGUUCAGCGAAUCCAAAGACAUCACCAAUCUUUUUUAUGCAUUCCUGGACAUAUUUGAUCGAGUCAUGAUUCCUACACAUCGACUACGAUGCACACAAUUCUUGCUAUUUUAUAUGAGUUCAUUCAACAAGACUUUUCCCAAUGAUUUUAUGGGUUUGCUAGUAUCGCGCCUGUUUCAAGUCGAGUCACCACUGGUGAUUCGCAUCUCAUCCGCAGCAUACUUGGGAAGUUACCUUUCUCGAGCCAAAUAUGUUGACAUUAGCUCUGUACGCACCUGUCUUGGACUGCUGAAUCAGUUUACUCAAUCUUAUCUUGACAACAACGAAUCCUCCAUGGGUCCUCGAAUCAAUGUUGAGCGAUUUGGCGUCUUGUAUUCUGCAGUUCAAGCCAUCCUUUAUGUGUUUUGUUUUCGAUGGAAAGAGUUGAUGCUUACUGGCAGCGAAGACAAGGUAUCUAUUCAUCACGGUCAGCUUCCACCUGAACUAAAAGACUUUCAACGUGUUUUGAUGUCGCGCUUUGCACCUUUGCGUGUCUGUUCCGAGACUAUUGUUCAAGAGUUUGCCAAGAUUAUGCAUGCGUUGGAUAUCAUGUACUGCUAUCCUUUAAUUGGAUUCACAUCAAGUGUUUCUUCAUUGCAAACAAAUCGCCUUGAUUCAUUUUUUCCAUUUGAUCCCAUCACUUUACCAAAAAGCAGAGGAUACAUUACUCCAUUGUAUCAAGACUGGGUUGGAAGCAAUGAGAUGGAAUCGGAUGAAGAGGAUGAU